AUGUUAAAGAAAUUAAGUCAUUUUGUUCGUCUUGAGAACAGAGCCAUUAUUUCUAUCAAAGGAAGAGAAGUUUGUGAAAUUUUAUAAGGAAUUACUACGAAUGAUCUUCGUCUAAUUUAGCAAUCUUAAAGUACUCUAUUUCUAGGUACUAAUGGCAGAAUCAUUUCUGAGGCUAUUUUGCAUAGACCUUAAAUGUAUUAUAUAAUUUUAUUAGUCAAAAGAAUGGGUCAUGGUAAUAUUGUAACGAUGAAAUUUGGAUGGAUAUUGAUAGAGAUCUUAAAAGCUCUAUAAUCAACCAUAUUAAGAAAUUCUUAAUUAGAAAAAAAGUUUCAAUCUCAGACUAUUCAGAUUAAUUGCAAAUCUUUUAAUUUUAUGUAAUUUAUUUAAUCUUAUACUUAAGGGUCCUAAUGUUGUUCUAGAAAAUUAAGAAGGCGAACCUAUUGUAGAUCCUGAGAAUGAUUUAUCUGAAGAAGGUGAUUAUAGAAAUAUUGUCGCUGUCGAUCCAAGAUCUUCAUCUCUAGGUAUCAGAAUGAUUACUAAUGAUAUGCCAAAUCUUUAAUAAAAUGAUGUCAAAAUCGAAAACUUAGAUCAUUUUGAAAUGUCAAGAUUAACUUAAGCUAUUUUUGAAGGAAAAGAAGUUAUCAAUAAAAUACCUUUCUAAGUUAAUUUUGAUUUCUGGAAUUCUAUCAAUUUAAACAAAGGCUGCUAUGUAGGUUAAGAAUUAACAGCAAGAUCAUAUCAUACAGGUGUUAUUAGAAAAAGACUCUUGCCAUUUAAAAUUGUCUCCAAUGAUAAUACUGGCAAUUUAUAAGAUUUGAUCAUCUCUCAUGAUUCAUAGGAAGUUGGUAAAGUAGUUAAAAAUAUUAAUAAUUUUGGAAUUGCUAAUAUUAAUUACUUAGACAUUAAUUUGGAAAAAGAGUAUUAAGUUGGAGAUAAAAUACUUUCAUUAAUAUUAUAAGAUAAACUUCGAAGUAAUUUAAUUAAGUACAUCGAACUAAUCUAAUCGAGAAAAUCAUGA